CGGCAACGAUGACAACGACAACUCUCAAAGCGACCGCAUGAAAUUUAGCACACAUAAUUUCGCAACCGGCACAUAAUUUUACAUCAUUUUCGUGCAAAGCUGCACCAUCAUAAAGCACGAAUUGCGUCAAAUAUAAUUGAUAAUUAUCCAGAAAAAAAAUCAGUUUUUUUUUGCCGAAUUCAACUUAACCCAAGAAGAUUUUGAGAGAGACAAGAAAACAGUUGAAAGUGUCCACAAAGCAAAGGUCACAUUAAAUUGAAACAGAAAAAUGAGCGACGAAGCACCAAGUAAAAACGAGAAAUCCACAAGUCCAACACCAACGUGUGAUGCCGAAAAAACCGAUGAUCAAAUGGUUGCUGCUGCUGCUGCUGUGCUGCAAAUCCAAGAAAAUCCACCCGACAUUUUCAAGCUUGAUGUUGACUGCUGCGAAGAGUUGUUCGAGUGGUUGUCAAUCAAAGAUCUUCAUUCAUUUGGUCAAACAUGCAAACGCAUGCAUCGAAUUGCCGGCAUCUAUUUCCGACAAAAUUAUCCGGGUGCAAAGACCGAAUUUCGAUCUGACGGCAUUUAUUACGAUUCCACUCGAUUGGAUGGUUUCAUGGAAUUCAUCGACGAUAUUUCAAUUGAAACGUAUGACAGCAAUCUAUUGGCCUACAUUGGAAAAUGCAAAUCAUUGAAGGCAAUUAACUUUAAGUUCCUUGAUAAAGGUUUGAAAUUCGAUAUGAUUAGUGAAGUUUUGGCUAAAGUCGAAAACAUACAAAUUAUUGUUGGGGAACUUAAGGAAAAAGAUCUGGAAUUAUCUCCGAAUUUGAAGCGCCUCAUCGUUAAUUGGAGCUGCAACGCCUAUUUGUUGUUUAAACUCAACAAGUGUCCCAAGCUUGAGCACAUCAAUUUUCCGCCGAUUGAAGGACGAUUCAAAGGAAUGGAAAGAUUCUUUGAACAAAUCCCAAACAUUCAAAGCAUCUCGAUAGACUGGCGAAUCCUAUACGCCAAUAAAAACGGAUUUCUACAGUCUAACGCCAAACUGGAUACUUUGAUCAUUAGUUUGAGGGAUGAUGAAGUAGAUGAAACAUUUGGCAGUAUUUUGAACGAGCUGCACGAUCGUGGCUUCUACAAACGAUUGCAUUUGCUUCAAAUGGAUUUUGCUGGUGGCAGGCAACAAUCGAUUGAUUCAUUCGCUUCAUUGCGUGCACUGGACGGGCUUCUCAUCGCCAACAUAGAAACGGAUGUUAUUUGGCCAUUAAUGCAGAAUUUGAAGACGAUUGUGAUUGGUGAUUUUAAUGACUUUGAUUUGACCACACUCCCAUCCAAACUACCAAUGCUACAAAGGAUCGAUAUAUUACUUGACACUACUAUGGAUGUGAUUCGUGCUUUCAUUCGUUGGUCAAAGGAUUUGAAGCAAAUUCGUAUAAAGAGCACAAUCGAAGAUGUUGAAACAAUUCUCGAUCUCACGUCACUGAACAAGGAACGUGCAAAAUUGGCUGCAGCGUCAAAAGUGAUCAUUUAUGUUCCGGAGGACGUAUUUUUGGCGAAAAAGUUUGCAGGCGGUGUCAGUCGCAGUUUCAUCGAAAUCAAACGCUUUGAAUCGGCCAAGAGUGAUUUGUUCUACAGCUAAAGAUCUGUGACCCAGAAAAAUAUCACCCAUUCCAUGUUUUCGCAUAUAUAUAUCCACAAUGUCCGUAUACCAAUGGUAUUACCAUAAGCUAUUAGUUUUAUUAUUUCUUUCUUCAAAUAAGACAAAAUUCUUUUUAUAUCAAAAAUUUACCGAGGAAAAAGUGUUUACCGCAAUGGAAUUAGAUAGGCAUAAUACGUAAAUGUAUAUGGCUUGUGGCCACUGACCAGAUUCGGUUACCAUCAUAUUCAUGAAAAAACAAAAAAAAUACAAACACAUACAAAUACUGUAUCGUUUCGGAAAUAUUUCCCAAACAACUAUUAUCUAUUGAUUAUUAAAAUACAUACAUCGAUAAAAUAACAAAAAAAAUCAGUUUUUACUUGCCUUUUUCUUAUUUUUCUUGUACUUUUUCUGCAAGAAUCGCUUUUCUUCUGAACUUGCCUGGACUUUAAAACCCGUAUGGGAUGGCGGAGUGAAUAUUGUUGCCAUAUUUAUCUUUGCCAACUUUGUCUGCGUACAGUACAGUGUAGACCCAUUGGCCUCCAAGCUCCUCACCUUGUUCAUAAACGAUUACAUUGAAGCCUUGUUCGAUGGCAUAUUUUGCAUUCACAAGACUCAAUGGCUGGACCAUCUACAUUCAAUCCGCUCACCGUUUCACUGAUGACUGUAUGCUGUUGCUUGAGAAUUCCAAAAUAAUAAUAAAUAAUAGUGAUUACAGCCAAUAUUGAUAUGCCAAGUGAGUCUUCUGUGUACCGAAAAGAUGUGAUACCGCCACAUAAUUAUCAUACAAACAAGAUUCGACAAUCGAGCA